AUGGCCCCCAAACUCAUCCGAUGGGGCAUUUUGGCUACCGGAGGGAUCGCGGAAACCUUUACCAGAGAUCUCCUGGUUGACCCAACCACUCGAAAUGUCCACGAAAUCAAGCACACCGUUGUCGCAGCUGCCAGCUCCUCGAGCACCUCUCGUGCGCAGGAAUUUUUGAAAUCAGUCAAUGCUCCUUCAUCGGCGGUAGCUUACGGCUCGUACGAAGAACUAGUCAAGAACCAGGACGUCGACAUUGUCUACGUUGCUACCCCUCAUUCCCACCAUUAUCAAAAUGUCAUGCUCUGCCUCGAUGCCGGGAAGAAUGUCCUGUGUGAAAAAGCAUUCACUGUAAAUGCAGCCCAGGCCAGGAAGCUUAUCGAGACGGCCCGCGAGAAGAAUCUCUUCCUGAUGGAAGCAGUCUGGACGCGAUAUUUUCCCUUGUCAAUCUAUGCCCGGGAGGCCAUCACUUCUGGAAGGCUAGGAACCGUCACCCGAGUGUAUUCGGACAAUUCUUCGGCCCAGGACCCCGAGAAGCAAUGGCCUGACGGGAAACACAGGAUGAUCAACCCCGACCUCGCUGGUGGCGCUCUGCUUGACAUGGGCAUCUACAGCUUGACAUGGGUCUUCCAGACGCUCUAUACGACGCAGCCUCCCCACAGUCGUAAAGCACCGCGUGUGGUUUCGAGCGUGAAGAAAUAUCUGCCGACCGGUGUGGACGAAAUGACCACAAUGCUUUUGACCUUCCCACGUGAUGCCGACUUAGGCGGCGACAUACAUGCGAUAGCGACAACGAGUUUCCGAACGACAAACAACGUCGACGGCACCGGGACCGCCGGGCCUGCAGUCCGCAUACAAGGCACAGAGGGUGAAUUGCAAGUCUGGCCACCCAUCUACAGACCCACCCGCACGAGACUCAUUCUCAAGGACGGCACGACUGAAGACAAGAGCUGGCCUCAACCGGGACCCGGCGCAGGCAGCGGCUGGCACAAUGGAUUCGGGGGCGGCAACAACGCUGAGGGCGAGGGGCAUGGCAUGUUCUGGGAGGCAGAUGAGGCAGCCCUGGCCUUGGUGGAAGGUAGGAAGGAGGGCAGAUUCGAAAGCCUGGACGAGUCUCUGGUCAUCAUGGAGGUCAUGGAUGAAGUCCGAAGGCAGAACGGUCUAGACUACCCCGAGAAAAUCGAGACUACAGAUAGAAUCCCACUCUAA